AAAUCCACCGGUGAUGGGGUUGAGACCAGAGGAAGUGGGGAGGGACUGUAAGAAAAAAAAUGUGAAUGGACAGUAUAAAAGGGAGUGACUGUGAAUCCGCGGCAAUCACGGUUAUCGAGUGUCUGAUAGCGAACACUGAUUUCGCUUCUCUGUUGUCCCUAUAACAUAUUUACUUAAUUAAACCGUGUUAACUUCCACCAUGAAGCUACUCGGCGUUUCUGCAGUUACUGUGGUCAUGGCCUUUGCUCUCGCGGGAGCUAAGAAACGCCCAGAGCACGAGCACAAAGUAGAUCAGGGAUGUUCGUGGCAACUGUGCAACGCUACGCGGAAUAUGGAAAUUUGCAGUGGCUGUAUUCAGGGGCUGAUAGAUGAAGGAACUCUCCCGGAGAAGGAACUAUUCAUGUGUUUCAAUAACACAGGAGACUGCCAUGGCUUCCAGACUGACGAUCUCGCCGAUCUGAGGAACUGCAUGACCAAAGCCAGUGCAAGUCUGGGAGAAUGCAUCGCCAUCCCUGAAGCGGACACAGCGAACUAGCAAGACCCACGGAGACCUACGCCCACAAACCCUGAUUCUUUGGCCAUUCUGUUGUUCGUAAAUCACUAGGAUUGGGAAUCUGCACUACACUCCUCGGCCUGCCUUUUGUUCGCCUGCAAUAAAGCAUAUUGGGGAAAA